UGUUGGCCCAAAUACUAAUCCUUCACUUUUUUUUUUCUUUCAAAUUAUCAAAUUUGAUCACUACUGUACUCUGUUAAUGGAGAAAUUGAGGAAAAUGGUGAACCAAAUAGCGUAUACACCGCAACAAAACAGGCUCAGUAAACUUUCAGCACUUCAAUUAUCUCUUAUCCCUAUUCUCUCACUAGCUUCAACUCUCUAUAGCUUUGCACUUCCUCUCCGCUGUCGCCUUUACCAACUUGGUUUGCUUCAGAAAAACAGGUUGCCGGUGCCAGUGAUUAGCGUUGGGAAUUUAACGUGGGGAGGUAAUGGGAAGACCCCAAUGGUUGAGUUUCUUGCUGUUUGGUUGUCUGCUGCUGGAAUUUCACCUCUUAUUCUAACAAGGGGUUAUAGUGGUGCAGAUGAAGCAAAAAUGCUCCAAAGGCAUCUAUAUGGAACACCUGUGAAGAUAGGCGUAGGUGCAAACAGGGCCAAUACAGCUGCUUCUUUUCUGAAAAGAUAUGGCUACAUCAGCCCUUGGAAGCACAGUGACACUGAUUUGGAGGGACUUCUCUCGAAUCGCAAACAAGGAAGUUGUUCCUGUUCUGACCAAAUCGGGAUUGCAAUCCUAGACGAUGGAAUGCAGCAUAGCAGUUUUUGGCGUGACAUCGAGAUUGUGAUGGUGAAUGCAAUGAUUCCAUGGGGGAACCAUCAGUUAAUUCCACUUGGACCAUUACGGGAACCUUUGACCGCACUCACACGUGCAGAUAUAGUUGUAAUCCAUCAUGCAGACUUGGUCUCAGAAAAGGAUGUUGAGGCCAUAGCAUCAGAAAUUCAAGAAGUAAAAAAUUCUCUUCCUAUAUUCAUGAGCCGAUUGGCACCUUUGUACUUUCUUAAAGCUGGCAACACGUCUUGCAAAUUGGCUUUAAUGGACAUCAGUAAUACACUGGUCUUAUGUGUCUCAGCAAUUGCAUCUGCUGAUUCUUUUGUUGAGACGAUAAAGAAGCUGGGGCCAGUGUUUGCUGAUCGGCUGGACUUCAGUGACCAUCAUUUAUUUCAAGCUAAGGAUAUUGACAUGAUCAAAAUGAGACUUCGGAAUCUUCAAUCAGAGUUUGCUAUGAAACCUGUCGUUGUUGUAACAGAAAAGGACUAUGAUAGAGCUCCAGAGGUUCUUAAGUAUUUGGAUCCAUAUGAAGUGUUGGUUCUUUGCUCCAGCUUGCGAAUUCUACCUCAUAAUGGAAAUACAGAAGAGAGCUUUAAGAAGUGUCUAUGGCAGCAUUUGAAAGUUAGCAACAAGGCGUAAAUAUGGUACACAACUUCUUUUGAAGGCCAUAUAAGCUUCAAAUCCUUACUUCUCCGAACAGUGAUCUUGAAAAGCUCUGAUCGAGAUAGACACUAUUGUACGAGGUCACAAUUCAUCCAACAUGAUCAUCUCGGGUAAGCGAGAAUGGGGACUCCUCCUUUGCGGGGAAUGUGAUAGCUGAGAGCUGUUAUUCUUUGCCCGAUUUUUGUCUUCACGCUCUAGUUUUCGAGUACAUCUAAGCGAAAAAUAGAAAACUAGCUAUUACUUUUAUAGCAUUGUGACUCGAGCUCUCAAGCUCAGAAAACCAAUGCAUGCAUUAUUUUUUUCUAAUGCACUCUAUCAAUCGACCCCUUAAGUUUUGUUGAUGUUACAAAGCGAUCACACUGGAGACAUUUCAAUAAGAUCGAUUUAUAUUGUCUUAU